AUUUGAAUCAUGGAAUCGUCUGAAGAAACUAAAAUUAUUAGUCCUUCUAAACUAAAACUUUUAAAUUGUGUAAUAUUUCCUGGUAUUGUUAAUAAUGCUGAACAAGCUAUUGACAGACUUGGAGGUAUCGAUGAAAUUACUUAUGCAUUUGAAAAUUCAGAAGCUACAUUAUCUGUCAACUUAGUAAAAUCAGAAUUUGGACCACCACUCACAGGGAACAAACAUUAUGAACGUUCAUUGUUGAUUGCUGUAAAGACAAAAUAUAAAAUAAAUAAAAAAACUGGUGAAAAAAUUCCUAUAGAAGUGUUACCCGCUAACAUAGUUGGAUGUAUACAAAAAACUUUUACUUUUACAAGUGUUGUGGAUUUUGCAUAUUUUCCACCUAAGCCAAAUUGUUCUGAAUUAUGGCAAACAAAUAAAUUAUUGGAUAUAAAUUGGGCUCUAGAAAAAGAUGUACCUUUAACAUUACUUCCUAGCAAGCUAAGUAAAUUCAAUGAACCUCAGACAGAUUUCUAUGAUCUUAUAAAUCUUAAAAAAUUGGAUAUGUUGUCUAAAAAACAUAGACUCAGACCAUAUGUACGCAAUUUUACUAAGAAUAAUCGUUUUGAGGAUACUGAGCUACCACCCAUGCCUUUGGAUUUAUUAAAGUAUUGUUUAACUGUAAAAAUGUUUUCGCCUGAUGAAAAGAGAUUGAUGGAUAGAUUAUUUGAAAAAAGGCCUAUCUGGGUAAAACCGGCAUUAUUUCAUUUUGCUAAAGUUAUAAAUAAAGAAAAGAUGAAAUACUUAUUGCCGACCACUGCCUAUUUUACCACUACCGGACCUUUUCGACGCAUGUGGGUCAGGCAUGGGUAUAACUACCAAAAUGAUCCAUCUAACUACAUAUAUCAAGUAAUUGAGAUUCGCAAUCAAUGGUUUGAUGAUCACAAUUCGUCUAAUCCUAAAGUAGCAAAGUUCAACAUUGAAGAUUAUAAUCCUAAUACUGCUGAAAAACAAUUCUAUUUUUCUCCAAAUUCAUUUCCUUUAUCAAUUGUUGCUAACUAUCAAUUAUGUGAUAUACAUUUGCCUGAAGUAAAAGAAAUGCUUAAAAAUGUAUCUCUAUCAACUACUUGUAGUAAACAUGCUGGUUGGCUUAAAAAAGAGUUUAUAGAAGACAUAAGAAAUGUUAUGUACGGAUAUUUAGAAAGAGCAUGGCAAAUGUAUUUAGCUGGUAAUUUACCUACUUGUGGAAAUGAACAUAUUAAGUUAUAUAGUAAUUAUAUGGAGGAAGACAAUUUAGAUUUUACUAGACAACAAAUUAUGAGAAGGUUGGAAGAAGUAAUUGACGAAGAUAAACAAAAUGAGGAUGAAUAUGAGUGUUCCUCAGAAAUUGAAGUGGCUAGAGAUGAAUAUGAAAACUGGUCUACUAAUCUAGAUCGCGAAGAACUUGCUAAAAUAAUUUUUUCAGAUAAUCAUAUUAAAGCAGAGGUUCCAAAUUCAAAUCCUUGUAGUGAUGAAGAAGAUGAUGCAGAUUUAAAAAUGGAUAAUAUGGAAAUAUGAAUAGUUUAAGUAAUUAUUUUUCA